GAGCUGGAAGCAGGACAUACUGAAUAGAAAUAAUAAUAAUAAUAAUAUUAGAAGACUAUCUUGGAAGAAUACUUACACGCUUUUUCAUAUCUUUUCUUUUGUCUGAAAAGUGUUUGGGUGACUCGAAUAUUUUCUCUCGCGUUGGAGUCGGUGGGAGGAGGUGUGAAGUUAAACUACUGCAAGUUAACGGUUAAGUUCGACUGCUGGUGACGCCUUACAGUGGGAAACGUGGGCUUCACACAUUUACUCUUUCAGCCGGAGGACCCAUAGAUACCUUCAGGAAAAAGGAGCAGAGGAAGCUGGAAAGUAAAAGCACAGGAAGUGGAGGAUAGGAAACACCAGCCCUGCUAUCGCCCUGCCUGCAAAGGUGCUUUGUCAUGGGGAAACAGAACAGCAAGCUGCGGCCCGAGGUCCUGAACGACCUGAGAGAAAACACAGAAUUCACUGACCAUGAGCUGCAGGAGUGGUAUCGCGGCUUCCUGAAGGACUGUCCCACCGGCCACCUGACUGUGGACGAGUUCAAGAAGAUCUACGCCAACUUCUUUCCCUACGGAGACGCCUCAAAGUUUGCCGAGCACGUCUUCCGCACUUUUGACACCAACGGCGAUGCUACAAUCGACUUCAGGGAGUUCAUCAUAGCCCUGAGUGUGACGUCUCGUGGCGGGCUGGAGCAGAAGCUACGAUGGGCCUUUAGCAUGUAUGACCUGGAUGGGAAUGGCUAUAUCAGCCGGGCAGAGAUGCUGGAGAUAGUUCAGGCAAUUUACAAGAUGGUGUCAUCAGUGAUGAAGAUGCCCGAGGAUGAAUCAACACCAGAGAAAAGGACAGAUAAGAUCUUUAGACAGAUGGAUAUUGACAAUGAUGGCAGAUUGUCUUUGGAGGAGUUCAUUAAAGGUGCCAAGAGCGACCCGUCCAUUGUCAGACUGCUGCAGUCGGAUCAGGGAGCCUCUCGUCAGUUCUGAGGACACAGUGAAAGUGAUUACACCCUGCAACUCAUGCACACCUACAUCCCUCCAGCUUUGUGCCGCUUGUUCUGGCUCGAUCUUCAUCACAGCCCCUCCUCCUUUCAAUUUAACACUCCAUGUCUUAAUGUUUACAUUAAUGUACACUUUUCUGGUCACUGUGGCUUUUUUCCUCUGUGGACAAUGAAGUGGAUUUUCAGUCAAGGCAUUUUUUUUUUGUGCAUUUCAAUACGUCUCGUUUCGAAUACCCGUUUGCUGUAAGUGCCAUAUCUUUUAUUUAUGCUUACAGGAUUAUAUGCUUUCAAGUAUUA